AUGACAUUCUCAACAGCGCCUGCUCUAUUAUUUGGUCUGGGCGUACGCAUUGCUCUCAACAAGUUCUCGAGCACUGCUGAUGCCAGUGCUGACGAGGCUGUCAUCAGCGAUGUCAUCCUUCUCGGCGUCGUCCAAGGCGUCGCACUAUAUUAUACUUUAAUGGAAUAUUCUGAUCUCGCGUUCGUCGUUGCAUUCGGCAUCGCUGUCAAACUCGUCAUCGAGUUUAUGAUGCUCCAGGACGUCUCCAGGUGCGCGACCACCUUGCUCGGUGUCGCCCUUGGUGUCCUAGUCACCGACAUCCUAUCGCAACUCAUCGAGGACGGAUACUUUUAUGACUUUCACGGAGACUCUAUUCACGACAAAGAGAGCACAUAUACCUCAAAACGAAAGCGUCUCGUCAAAUUCCAGUCUAGCACCGAGUACCAAGUGAUACCCCCCAGUCGACCACCGCGCUCCCGCAAAACCGAACCAAGUCAGCGAUGGCGCGCGCCACCUUCGCUGACAUCCACUUCUAGCAUCGAUCCCAACCACACCAUGAGCCCGCCUGAACGGGAGUUGGCGAUGCUACGCGCAAAGGCGUCGUUAGCGGAUAGUGAGCGGAGGCGGUUCAAGGAGGAAAAGAAGUGGGCUGAGUCGCAGGGGAACUUUGCGCGGGUAUCUCAGAUGAGUUGGCAGGUGAAACGGUACACUGCUCUCACGCAGAGUUUCACUCGGGAAGCGGAUGCGAAAUUCCUUGAAGGUGAGACACAUCCAUCCACCUUUUCGAUUGCAUUGACUGCGAUGAAACAACAGCUGCAGCUGCAGCCUGACGCUGUUGCCGCGAUUGCUCCACAACCCUCAAACAGACAUCAGGUCGAUCGGCAUACAAAUCACUCUCGACAAACAGCCCAGGAGGUUGUGAUUGAUAGGCAAUCCACGGUUACAGUAGAUGUUCCAAGGAGGCAUCGGAGGCAAAGUUCUGGGACCUUGAAGUCCGCAAUGCGUCUUCAAGUACGAUAA